AGCGCGAAAACAUUUAGAAACGUUUUGGCUGGUAAUAGUCAACCAAAUUUGACCCUCGAGAAAGGUCGGAGGUUAAUUCACGUGGACGCGAUGGAUUCGAGCACACAACACCACAUUCUUCGCGAUUUUGCAGUCACAACUCCACAUGCUUAUACGUUCGUCACUCCUUUGCGUUGCUCUGUUUCGGCCGUGAACUCUCUGAGGAGGUUUCCGCGAAUCGAGUAGUAAAGGCGUGGGCGUGGGAGAGCCGUCCAGGCUUUAAACCAGAGUGGGUAUGUGGGACACCUGCGCAAGCACUGGAGUUUGCCCUGCAGCGUCUGAAAGGUACCACCCGCAGUGUCCUCUCCCAGUGGGUCCCCUGGCCCCUCGAAGCAUCCCUCAGGCGGAAUGCAAUGUGGAUUGCAUGGAGUGAAGUGGUGGAAUUGAGCUACCAAGACACUGGCGCGUAACAAAAGUACCGACUUGUCGCCGCUGGCUUCCCAGGUCACUAGGAAGCAGGCUCUGAGCCAAGGGGAAGGCAGAGGACAGAUAUGGAUGUGUUCCCAAGCUUCCCUGGUGGUUUAUGGCAUUCUCCAAACUCCUCUGCAAGGGCUGUUCCUGACCAAGAAGACCCAAGGAGACCGUCUCUGAAAUAAAGUCCGGAUGAAGAACUAAGAGGGAAAAAAUGAAUAUGGUUUUUGCUCACAGAAUGGAUAACAGCAAGCCGCCUUUGGUUGUUCCUACACUUCUGGUGCCCCUCCAAAACCACAGUUGCACGGAAAUGGCCUCCCCUCUGCUGAGCCGAGACCUGACGGAGCUCUGUGAGGAGCACGGCUGGAGGAGCAAUGGAACAGACCUGCACUACAGACCAAACCCCGGGGAAGUGGCCACAGCCAGCAUUUUCUUUGGGGCCCUGUGGUUGUUUUCUAUCUUUGGCAAUUCCCUGGUGUGUUUGGUCAUCCACCGGAGCAGGAGGACUCAGUCCACCACCAACUACUUUGUGGUGUCCCUGGCGUGUGCCGACCUGCUCAUCAGCUUGGCCGGCAUGCCUUUCGUCCUGCUGCAGUUCGCCACCGGCCGGUGGGCCCUGGGCAGCGCCACGUGCAAGGCCGUGCGCUACUUUCAGUAUCUCACCCCGGGCGUCCAGGUCUACGUUCUCCUCUCCAUCUGCAUAGACCGGUUCUACACCAUCGUCUACCCUCUGAGCUUCAAGGUGUCCAGAGAAAAAGCCAAGAAGAUGAUUGCAGCAUCCUGGAUCUUUGAGGCGGCCUUUGUGACCCCCGUGUUCUUUUUCUAUGGCUCCAACUGGGACAGUCAUUGUAACUAUUUCCUCCCCUCCUCUUGGGAAGGAACUGCCUAUGCCGUCAUCCAUUUCUUGGUGAGCUUUGUGAUUCCAUCUGUCCUCAUAAUCUUAUUUUACCAGAAGGUCAUAAAAUACAUUUGGAGAAUCGGCACCGAUGGUCGAACAGUGAGGAGGACAAUGAACAUCGUCCCAAGGACAAAAGUGAAAACUAUCAAGAUGUUCCUCAUUUUAAAUCUUCUGUUUUUGCUCUCCUGGCUGCCUUUUCAUGUUGCUCAGCUGUGGCACCCCCAUGAACGAGACUAUAAGAAAAGUUCCCUUGUCUUUACAGCUAUCACAUGGAUAUCCUUUAGUUCCUCAGCCUCUAAACCUACUCUGUAUUCCAUUUAUAAUGCCAAUUUUAGGAGAGGAAUGAAAGAGACUUUCUGCAUGUCCUCGAUGAAGUGUUACCGAAGCAAUGCCUACACUAUCACAACCAGUUCAAGGAUGGCCAAAAAAAACUAUGUCGGCAUCUCAGAAAUCCUCCCCACGGCCAAAGCUGUAGCCAAAGACUCAAGCUAUGGUUCAUUUGACAGGGAAGCCAAGGAAAAAAAGCUUGCUUGGCCCAUUAAUUCAAAUCUGCCGAAUACUUUUGUCUGAUUUCUCAGAAUUCUUUCAAUUACUGUUAUGCGCCAGAGAUUAAAAAGUUUAACUGUA